AGCUGUCACAUUAUUGUACCUACCUGUUUGUAUUUAUUAAUGAACAUAAUAAAAAUAAUUGUAUUAUUAAUGAAGAUAUUGAAAACUAAUAUUUUGGAGGGAAUUAAAAAUAAUGAAAUCAGGGGUUCUCAACAUUUAUAUAAACAGGUGUUGGCAACUCUCGCAUCAAGCCUCCUAUGCCUGUCUGCGGGCCUGACCAAUGGCAUCAGCGCCGUGCUGCUGCCGAAGCUGAUGCACGAUUCCUCCCUCUCCUGGGAGUCAGGUUUUGGAUCUUGGAUAGCGGCCAUAGCUCCAAUUUCAUCGAUCCUGGGCUGCGUGUGCGUCGGUACUCUGCUGGACGGCUUCGGAAGGAGGACUGUCCACAUUAUCCUGGCCUUCCCCUUUAUGGCAGGCUGGCUGGCCAUGGCGUUUGCUGAGGACUUCCCUACUAUGAUGGUUGGGAGGUUCCUCACUGGUUUGAGCUACGGCGCCGUCCGCCCAACUACCAUCAUCUAUCUAGGCGAAAUUAGCGACCCAAAAUACAGAGGCAUCAUACUCCUAUGUCCAUCUCUAGCUCUAAAUCUAGGAGUACUCUUAAGUCAUGUCAUAGGUUCUUUCAUUUACUGGAGGACGUCGCUUUUGAUAUGUAUCGCGCCCAGUGCAAUCAUGUUUGCCAUGCUCUUCUUUAUAAAAGAGAGUCCUUAUUGGCUAAUAGCUCAAGGAAGGGUCGAGGAAGGUGUCGAAUGUUUUAGGUGGUUUAGAGGCAAUGGGGCGACAGCAGAAAGCGAACUGCAAAAUGUGGUUGAAAAACAAAAAGGGAAGACGUCUAAAUUCAGUGCAAAAGAACUGUUUGAUACAUUACGUAGUAGCGCAUUUAUAAGACCAACCAUAACCGUUGUCUUUAUCUUUUUAACAGUUCAAAUGUGCGGUAUCAACGCAUUUCCGUUUUACGCCUACGAUUUAUUAAGAACUAUGUUUGGCGAUGACGAGAGCUAUAUUGCCACAUUCUUUCUUAUAAUGGCAGUAGAUUUGAUAAGAGUGGCGGCAAGUAUUGUUAUUUGCUUGUUCGGUAAGAAAAUGCGUCGGAAAUUAACGUUUGUAGUCGCUGCUCACGGGACAACUGUGAUUCUGUUCGGUUUGGUGGUUUGUGGGGUUUAUAAAGACUUAUUUAUACUGUCUUUAACACUUUUGGUGUUAUAUACUUCUUUAGCUAGCGUGGUGGCCAGUUUAGGAUGGACUUUUAUAGCAGAACUGUAUCCAACUAAGGUGAGAGGUAUAGGGUCUGGUUUGAGUGGUGUUAUAUGUUUUGGUUUACUCUCAGUGUGUGUUAAACUGACCCCAGGCUUGUUAUGGUCAGGACAACCAGUGAUGUACGGUACGUUUGCUUGUGUGACGGGUGUGAGUGCUGUUGUUUUAACGUUUAUAUUGCCUGAGACGAAUGGAAGGAGGCUGCAGGAUAUAGAAGAUAGUUAUAAUACGAAAGAUAAGGAUAUCAUAGUUACUCCUUUGUAAUUACCG